AACCAAAGCCAUGGCGGUCGAGUAGCGAGACGCGUUCCACGGAAGUUCACCUACGAUCAGGAACUUUUAUCUUAGAGCCAGAAAGUGAGAACACAGUAAUCAACUUACUAGACACAUAAAAACGAUAUUGGAUGUUGGCGCAAUAUACAAGCUUGUCUUCUACGGAGGUGCUUUGUUUGAGGUUUUAAAACACGGGGAUGUGAAAUGCCUGACGUUUUAACUUCUGUCUCAACUUCUCAUGAUUGUUCCGCGGAACGGAAACCGGAGAAGAAAAGUUCAUUACUUUCGUUCCGGAAUAUCUGUCAUCUAUGUUUUUUCCUGAUAAUAACCAUAAAGUUGUAUGGGGAAUAUUUUAAAAAUGUUGUUCUAGCCUUUUGGGUGUGCAUUUCAGUCAUUUUCAUGGGAUCUCAAACGCAAAGAAGUAAUUCCAAAAUCUCUCAGCCACCACUCGAGGUCUUUGUGGCAGUCUAUGCUCUUAAGGAAAUAUCAGAUUUCUUCUUGAUAUAGCCUUCUGUGCUUAGAAUGCUCCAAAGUUUCUUCGAGCGCAUGUUGGCUGAGACCAGAAUUAACAUUUUCAUCAUUGUUUUAGGUUUCUCUGAUUCUUCAUAUCGCAAGAUAUGCUUUCUUUACUCACUGAUUUCACUUUCACACGUCAUACUAGUACAAUACUCUUUAUGGCAUCAGGGUUUAUAUGACAUUCUUUUAGCUCAAACCUCCAGUUCAUUUUCAAGCUUAUCACUAGUUCUUUGGUGUGCAUUAAUAUGUGACUGCUCAAUGAAAUUACUGCUUGUUUUUAUCAAAAGCACUGCUAUGUUUUUCUUGUCUAGAACAGUCGAUUGCUACACAAUGGGGUCAUUUUUAAGUAUGCUAGAGCAUAUAUUUCUACUUUUGAGACAUAUACCCUCUGGAAUACUUUGGAUAUAUUUUUUAAUGGAAUUUAAUUGGAAAUAUCAAGGCGUAUUAGCUGGAAGAAUCUUUGUCUGCUGCUUGUAUUGUAUUCUAAAAAUUUGUGUUGUCUUCUACGCGUGUAAAGAUACUCUUCAAUUUUUCCGUUCUACACUACAUGCUAAGCCGUAUACAAUCGAAUCAAAUACACCAUCGAAUGAAGUUUGUUAUAUGUGCCUUGAACUAUACACUAUUGUUGGUGUUCUACCUUGCGGUCAUAAAUUUUGUGCUAAAUGUACAUCACGUUGGUGUAAUGCAUUCACUAGUUGUCCAUGCUGUUCCAGUCAAGAGUUACAGACAAAUUCAAAAUGGCGUGAUGGAUCAAUGGAUUUAUUCAUUCAAUUUUAUUGAUGCAUAAGUGCGCGUAUUAACGGUUGUUAUAUAUUUUUUUUUCUUAAAAAUUUCCUUAUUAUUUCUAUUGAUUUGACAUUCAUUCCUUAGAUUUUCCUUUUAUAAACUAAAAAAAUAAUCACAUUUUUUUCAGAAAUAAUAAUAAUAUGACAAGGUUUUUGUGGAUGUGUACGUGGGUGGGUUCGAAUCCCCACUCCGCCUACGCAUACACACAUCAAACUGUCUGUUUUGUGGCUCAUAUCCUACAAGGUUUAUUUGUUUUCUUUUUUUCUAUUCAUAUUUUUAUUGAUUGACGUACAUUGUCUGUAUGUGUGCGUGUGUGUGUGUAUGUAUGUGUUUUUUUUGAGUCACUCUAUGCACAUAUGUGUUUAAAUCCAUUUCUGUUUGUGUAUGUGUGUGUGCUAAUGGCUGUGAGAAUAAUUAAAUUGUAUUUUGUUUUGUCCUUUUUUUAUAGACUUUUUAUUAAAAUAAUAUAUCUCAUUUAGUUUUUGUUGUGAUGAAGUCUUUUGUGUUUUGUAGACGAAAAAAAUGAGUCUUCUUCAACUGAUUCUUUUUAUUGACACGAUAUUAGAAAUAUAAUAUAAUUUAUAUUUUAUUUUCAUGUUUCUAUGCCUUUCACUUCUCUUCAAUGUGUGUUUCUUAAUAUCGGUCUAUGAGAGAGUGGGGGAGAGCAGUAGGUUAAGAAGAGGGUUGGGGUAGAUUUAGUUAAUAGUCUUGAAAGAUCUGUGACAUGAUUUUAUCCACCUAAUCGACUGACUGACUGACAGUUUUCACCAUAGAACUUUCCAUCGAUGUGCAGUAAUUCGAGUCGCUACACUUUAUUUAGUACACAAGGCAAGAGAAGAAGGAAGUAAAAAGAAACGCACAACAAAGACAGUAAACAGAGAUAUGAGGC